AAAACUUAUUCAAGAUAUGGAAGAUGGAACUUCAUUUAUUCAUAAACAUCCAAGAAAUGUGGAAAAAAGCUUACCAAACUCACUUAUUCGUACACAAAUUGUAAAAUUGGGUAUAAUGUAUAAUUUGGCUUCUAAAUAUACAAGUUUUCUUGCAAUUGAUGAAAGAGAUAAUGAGUUAGUGGCUGAAGCCAAAAGUUUACCAAGCCAAAGAAUAGUUCCAGUUUCUGCUGCUGCUACUUAUUCAGCUUAUCAAUCUCCUGCUUCAGCUACUUGUUACUCUAGAUCAGCUGCUUAUUCUUUACCUCCUCUUCCUCCAGCUUUACAAGUUUCUUCAGCUGCUAACGUUUCUCCAGCUGCUAUGCCUUGUUCAGUUACUAUUUAUAAUCCAAGUCAAGCUAAUUUUUUCUCUGCACUUUUGACUCGUAAAGCCUCUCCACAUUCUAAUUCUUCUGAAUCUAUGAAUUUACCUCAAUAUCCAGUAGGUAGUGAUUCUGUUAUGCGGGCUGGUAGUGUAUCAAACACAUCCAAUGCAGCAUCAUUUUCUUCAAGUCCAAUUCGUUAUAAUAUAAGUCAACUGUCUUAUCAGUCUCAUUCUAUGCCUUUGAAUAAUGUGAUUCAACAACAAGUAAUUCAACAACAAGCGAUUCAACAACAAGUAAUUCAACAACAAGCGAUUCAACAACAAAUGAUUCGACAACAAGUGAGAAAAGCUUCAGCAGGAAAACGUGCAAGAAUUGGAAUCGAGGCAACUUAUGAAUCUUUUGAACCAGUUUUACCAGCUAUAUCUGUAAAAUCAAAACCUCCAAAUAUUGAAACUCUUUAUAAUUUUCUUAAUUUCCAAUCAUUUGAUG